UUGCUGCUGUUGUCGUUUUGAAACCGUACCGCGCGAUUUCGUUUCGUCGUCGAGUUUGAACACUUCUGGCAGUGUUUGUUGAAAACAUGAAGGUCUUUGUUUGUAUUUUGUAUUUCUUCUCUGUCUUAAAUGGCGAAGAAUCAGUUAACAAGAUAGAAUUUGAAGAAAGUCCUGAAGCAGCAAAUCGGGGCAAAGAAGCACUGAAAAGUUACGAAUCAAAAAAUAAUCUGUGUUGGCUAAAUGUUGUUUCUGAGUUAAAGUCGAAAUGUAGUGAGAUGACCGACCUGGAGCGCCGUAUCCUCGCAAUAAAAUUCUCUAAUUGUCAUUUUGAGGAAUCAGGCCUUAAAACGUAUGAAUGCACAAACGAAGUGGAAUUUAAAGCCUGCACAAAGUCUAUGACUGAAGAAAGUCAGACAGCGUUUCUUGUGUACACAGAGUUUUUCACUCACGUUACAGACAUAUGCUUUUACCUUCAAAGUAAACUGUGGAGGGAAAAAACAGCAAAAACAAUAUCUGAUCUGUCGUGGACGGCCGAAAAGACUGUGGCUAAACUUGAUAAAUCCCUGCAAAAUCAAAAUUUGGUUUUAGAGGCACAGGAUAAGGCAUUGUUGAACCAACAACAAAUAUUGGAGAACGAAGAGAACCUUAAAGCGUCUCUCGAGAACUCGACUACUACUGCAAAAGCAGCAUUCCAAGAAAUGAAACAAAAAGCAGAUGAACAGCAAGCAAUCUUUAGUCAUACAUUUGAUGGAAUUUUCAAUGGCAUUGACAAGCUCUCAGAACUGCAAGCAAUGUUACUUGGAGAAUUCAUUGGUCUCCAGUCUCUGGCUUUUUAUAUUGUUGCAGUUGUUUCAUGUUACUUGUUCACAAGCUCUCCAAGAACCCUCGAUGCAAGGCUGAUUUUGUUUUUUGUUUUUGCUCUUUUGGUUAUUGUUGAAAAGAUGAUCAUCAGAUGGGAAGUGGAAAAAAAGGAUCACAAUGAAUCGUCAAAUGAAUGGUUGCAUGAAAAUGUUUGGUUUGUCAGAAAGAUUUUCAUAGCAGUUUCCUUGUUUAUUUUGGGCUAUUUUGCAACAAAGUACAAAGACUACACGGCACUGAACAAUUUGAUUCUGCAAGAACUUCAGGAAAAAGUUCAAAAGAUGUAUGAAAUUGAAAUCAAAAGAAAUGACAAGAUCUUACCAGUUGGUUGGGAGCAAACAGAUAGUGUACCUUCUUUAGUCACAAAUCAUCCUAACGCUAUUGAUGCUGAAGAAGGAAAAUUUCAAGCACAUCAGAUAUCCUCGACACCAGCCCAGGAACAGAUCAGAGAAGCUUCAUUUCUAACCCAGCAUUCUACUCUUCCAAGAACAAUACUUUCAGAUGAUGGAUAUGACACUGACAAAGAAAUGAAAAAGAAAGCAAAAAAGUUUUCCAAAAAGAAUUUUAUUAAACAGAGUCUGACAUCCAAGAAGAAAAUAACCAGUGAAAUUUGCAAACAUACUCCAAAGAUUGAGGACAUCCAGCCUCUCAACCAAUCAGUGACUCCAAGAUACAACUUGCGUUCAAGAUCCAACACACCCCUGACCAAUGCAAGCAGCACCCCUCUAUACCCAACAUCUGGUUCACAUAAAAGGACCAAAAAGAAGGAUAUUUCCAGCAUAGUGGUAUCUCCAGGAUUCUUCAGUUCUGAAGAAGACUGAUUCCUUGUUAAAAAGGAAUAUUUCCUAUAUUUUAACGCCAUGGAUCAAUAAUUUUGUAAGCUAUCUGCCAAUCAAUAUUAGCAAAUCAAUAGAGUAUUAUCACACUCACUUAUUGGCCAAUUGUGGUUGACAGAUGACUUAAAAUCUUUAGUAUCUGUCGACUGCCUUUUAGAAAAUCAACUUGAUGCAGCUGUCGAAUUACUAGUGUUGAUUGAAACAAACUUAUUACUGGCUGAAGUCACAGAAUAGGAAAUAGGCAGAAGGGUAACUCUUGUCGGUUCCUUUGUUGUUUUUGAAGCCUGAGUCAACAAUUAGACAAACUUAGCCAUGACAAAUUAUCAUUCAUUAAUCAGAUAUAAACGAAUUAUAAUACAUAAUUGAAUUUGUUCACUAUCAUGGGGCAUUUCGUCUGAAAUGAAGUUGUCUAAUUUCAUUCAAUUUUAAAAUUUCCCCGAUAGAUACAUGCUAAGCUUCGUAUAAGUUAACACAUGCGCAAGUUUUUUCAGGCUUCACCUGAAAGGCAGGAGUUCCCCUUCUGCCUAAUUCCUAUUCUGUGCUGAAGUUCCCUGACCUGAUGGCAUGUACGUUAACUUAAGUGAGUGACUCGAAGGAGAAGUGCUUAGCCCUAGUCCUAAAUUUUUACUGGUCUUGCCUUGUUUUCAUAUUCCAAUGAUCAGACUGUCUUCUAUUGUCUGUUACGAAGUACAGGACAGGCAGUUGGUGUGUUCAGAGGUUUAAAAUAUUUAACUAGUUUUUAGAUAUAUAACAGCAUGAUGACAGUGGAUAAUUUUUCCGUUAAGUUUUUUCAGGUACUUUAAGAGCCUGCUUUUGUGACUUGUGAAAAACCAAUUUUAUUGUAGUAGUCUCUUUUUAAUAAAAUGUCAGUCCUUUGUCAA